CGAGGCCUGAGGAUGAGGUACUGAGUUCUCACAUAGAUUUUAUGGUUCUGAUUCGAGUUCUGCUUGCUUUAUUUUAUUCGGGUGUCUUCUCACUCACCUCAGUUCUCACUUCUUACUUAUUUACUCAGUUACUACUAAUUCGAGGACUGUCAAUCGACUGGCAAGUAGCCGCCGCCGCCACAGUGAUGCCUCCAAAGAUGGCCGAGACAGCUAAAUCUUUUAUGCUGGUGAGAUGGUUGGAGGAUGAGAAGGUAGGCGUAAUGCCCGUCUCGGCAGCUAAGACAGGAGUCAAGCCGUAUGUUGGUGCUUAUAUUGAUGUUAAGUGGACGAGGGGGAAGUAUUACGAGGCAGAAAUUUUGCGUAUUUCUAAUGAUCGUCAGUCACUAAAUAAAUGGUGUGACCAAUUGAUUAAUUUAGAAGUUACAAAGGAAGAAUUAUUAGAGAGCCACGAAUUAGAGGUGGAUUCCACUACAGUAACUGAGAAGUCGGCUCCCGUUAAGAAGAAACGAAAGUUAGAACCAGAAGCACGUAGUAAAAAGAACACACAACUUGUUGGAGCAAUGGCAGCUAAAUCCCGAGCAUCGGAAAUAUUCAAGGCAAUGUCUCCUGCUACGUGUAGUAAUGAUGAAAAAGUUGCAGUGCCCUCCAGACAGGACCCCCUGGCCACAGAUGAAGUUUUAACAAUGAAGGAACAGCUGCAACAACAACAGCAACUAAUAUGUCAGUUACAGAAAGAACUAAGUGAAAAGUCAGCUGUGAUGGUUACCAGAAAUGUUGUAUCGAAUUCUAAAUUCCAAUCACUUCAAAACAACACUUUUUGUAUGGAUCGUUCAGUUGACAUAUCGAAUGAAUCAUCUCCACAGCCAAUCGAUGAUGAUUAUUAUGAUGAAGAUCUCUUCACAGAAAAGCCUUGGAGUAAAGAGAAGGCUGAUUUUGGCACUGAAAUGAAGAAGACACCACCCCCUAACAGUUCUUUUGUAAAGCUAUCUGGAUCUGGCAAGAUUAAAGUAACUCCAGGCAGUUCAAAUGAGACUCGUUGCAGCUCUGGUGUGACUCCUCCUAGUUUUAACAUAACUCCCACAAGUAGGAAAAAGCCAGUUGAAGGUGUACGGAAGUUAAGUACAACUAAUAAAAGCAAUAUUUCAGUAAUUAAGAGAGAACCACAGUUAAUAGAGUUAGUGCCUGGAUAUGGAGUGAUGCUAACCCAGAGACAGCUUGAUGAUGUGGAAGGGGAAAGUAAUCAGUCACCCACGAGACUGAUCAGAAACUUAAUGUCUGCCUUCUUUACUCGUGAAGUGCUAGCGAAAUCUAGUUGCUAUGGUUCUCGCUUGAACGAUCCUCUUGAUAAAGAUAUUCUGGGAGCCUGCAUCAAAUAUGUCCAGUUAAAGUAUGAUGUGCCAAAGACUACACUGGUAGACGCCAUUAAUGAUAAGUGUGCAAACUGCAGGAGAAAAGAAAGAAAGCAAAAUUAACUCAUUCAUAUUGACUUACUUUAUAUCCUCAUUUAUUCAAUCUAUGAAAAUAAUAAUUAUAA